CGCGACGCUCUGUGGUCAUUUCGGGGUCACCCUCACGUGUUCUCUUUGGCUCGGUGUUCGGGGGAUUACAGGGGACCAUGGCCAGGAAAAAGAAGCUGGGGCUGAUCGCCGAGAUGGCCAGGAAGAUCCGGGCUUACAGGGAACUGAAGAACCGGCCCCGGGAUUCCCAGCGCUAUGCUCUGGACUAUGAGAACAUGAUCCGUCCGUUCACCGGAAAGCGGCUGCCGGUUCUUGCGUGGGACGACGUGAGGAAUGAAAAGCGUCUGUUCACGUUGCUUGCUGGCAUGAGGUCCUUUGGCGUUGGACGAAUGGUGACCAGGAAGUCCUGGCUGGAGGUGUACACGGAGCCCUGCUACUGGACUAUCACCAAGGUGAAGGUGGACUACACAGCCGAGGACAUGGAUCAUGGAAAAGCUUGGGGUUACUUAACGUUUAGAGGUAAACCCGAGACCGAAGUGCAGGAGAUCCCCAAAGUUAUGUAUCACGACUGGCGCCUUGUCCCACGCCACGAAGAGAGCGCCUUUAAGACGUUUACCCCCCUGCCAGAGCCGGAUCCCGUGCGUUACGUCCCCUACCCGCCUCUCCUAAGGGCCAUGAUAUUGGCGAAGUGGCAGAAGGAAGGGAAACCUUUGACCGAGCUGGUGAUUGACCUCCAGAAGUACCGCUUUUUUGGCAAAGACCACUUUGAAAAAGAGAGACAAGCCAGCGAGGGGACCGCAGUGUGACGCAUGGAGCGGCAGAUGACCCGCGGACCUAUAGAUUACAUUUCCGUAUAUUUUGGGAUCCUGUUAACAGGCAGAAGAAUCUGAGCGUUGCGCUAUAUGUUUAUUCUUCAUAACAUAAUGGAAACCUAAUCUUUACACAAAAAGGUUGAAAUGGUUUAUUUUCCCCGAUUAUAAUACUCCCACUCUGAUUCCCCAGCACUAGGGUGGGCAUCUCUGGUUUAUUCCUGACUACAACCCCCAUCACCCUCAUCCGCUGCCUGACAUGAUGGGAGUCUUACCAGUAAAAGCAGGGCUUUCUUUUUGGUUAACAUUGGGUCAGAUUAUUGUACGUUUGUUAGUUUUGUACAGUAUUAAAGCUCAAUCGAUUUAUGGAUUUUUGUAUAA